AUGCGCAUCAGACUCGCCAACAUCCACCACUUCAUCUCCUUGCUGCACGGCGUAGCGCUACGAGACGCAGGGAGGGGUAGCGAGAUACGCAGCUGUCUGGGGGCAGAAGCAGCGCGUGGCGAUCGCGCGGACUGCGCGGGUGUUGCUGCUGGACGAGGCGACGUCGGCUUUGGACGCGGAGAGCGAGCAGGCGGUGCAGGCUGCGCUCAUGGGCGCGCGCACGCUCGUCGUCGCCCACCGCCUCUCCGUGCUCCGCGCGCACUGCAUCGCCGUGGUGCAGCAGGGGCACGUCGUGCACACCGGCUCGCACGAGGCUCCAUUCACCGCGGCCCUUGGCCGCGGACGCAGGGUCGUAUGUGUGCAUUUUCGGCACACCUCGGUUAUUUCACCCUGUGCCAAACCGUGGGCAACGUCGCCCAGUCUAUGAUUCCGUCCGUGAUGUUGUUGUCACGUACUGCAUCCAACCUGGCUUGUGUAUCUCCCUGGGUGCUUUAUAACGUUAGGGUGCAGGGGGAGCGAGGCGAGGGGCUGGCGACCAGCAAUGGGAUAACCGAGUGGUCUCCCUCUCCUUCGGGCGUGGAGCACGGGUAA